GGGAAAUUUAAGGAAAAUCCAAAAACGACAGUUUUCGGAAUAGAAAAACUGAAAAACCAUUUUCAAAAUUGAAUAUAUGGAUGAAAAACUUUUGCAAUCUCAAAACCUCGUCUUGUUUGACUCAGAUAUUGAAUUACAUGGUAUAUUUAUUCGUAAUCUUUUUAUAUUUUAUGAAAUUUGCAAAAAAAUGUUUAGGAAAAUGACUGAAAAAUGGAAAAUGUUCAAAUGUGCUUGACGUGUCAAUAAUUUUUACUUGUUUCUUGUGAAUAUAAAGUACAAAAUAAGACAAAGGUUAUUCUAUUUUGCUUUUACGUUCAUCUAUAUUAUAUGUUUAAUAAUAUCACAAAGAAUGAAAGAAUAAUUAAUCAAAGAAAGCUUUCAAAUAAUUCAAAAGGUACAAACUGGAAACAUUUUCGUAACUGGAAGCACCGCGAUCCAAGAUGGCCGCCGACCUGGCUGAAAAUCAAUAUGGUAUUUCAUGGCAUGACAGUGCUUGGAUUCCGAUAUUAAACCCAGAAAAUGUACUGGAAUAUUUUUCUCAAAGAACAAACCCAUUUUAUGAUAGAACUUGUAAUAAUGAAAUGAUCAAAAUGCAACGUUUGGACAUGUCCCAGUUGGCGUAAGAAUUGAUAUUUCAGAAAUAUACAAAUGAUGAUAUAAACUUGAUAAAUGUUGCUGCUGAAUAAUAAUAAUUAAUAUGAAAAAUUAUGUUUAAGGUUUGAUUUAUUGAUUAUAUUGAUUGAUCUAUUGAUGAUAUUGUUUAUUUUAAUGAUUGAUCAAUAAAUAAAAUUAUCAAUUGAUCAACCAAUAUAAUCAAUAAGUCAAACUAUUAUGAUCAAUAAAUCAAAUUAUGAUGAUCAAUAUAUGAUCAAUUGGGCCCAGCAUUAAUUAUUUAUUUGAUCGUGAUGAUCAUUAUCCCAUAAUUUAUGAUGACUUUUGUGUUAAUAGAAUGAUGCAAGGCUUGGAAUAUAUUUUACUUCAUGUUCAACAUCCAAUUUUAUUCAUUAUUAGAAAACAACACCGACAUUCGCCUAAUCAAGGUACAAACAUGAAAUAAACUGUCUAUUUGCCAAAUAACUACUGAAGUUCUUGUCUAACACAAUCUCAUUCUUAUUUCCUUGAUAGUUACAGCUUUAGCAGACUAUUACAUCUUGGCCGGUGUGGUAUAUCAAUGUCCCGACCUCGGCUCCCUUGUCAACUCUAGAAUGGUAUAUCCAAGAUAAUUUAGAAUUAUUUAUCUAUUAUAAAAACAUUAUUCAUUAACUUACUGGAUUUUGUUUUUUCAUCAAGAUAAUAAUAAUAAUUACAUUUAUAGUGCGCAAUGUUUCAUUUAUAUAUGUUCACAUGCACAUAACAAAACUAUUUGGAAGAGGUAAUACAAGAAAAAGUAUAAAAAUUAAUAAAACUAUUUUAAAACUGUUCAAUGUUAAAAAGUCUAAAAAAUUAUCUUACAAAUAUGCUUUCUUAAAUAAAUAUGUCUUUAAAAGUAUUUUUAAUAUUUAUAAGUGUUCCUAUUUUAUCAUAAAUUAAAAUAUGCUUCUGACAUUUUAUUUCACUUUUUUUCCUAGUUGUCUGUUUUGCAUAAUCUUACAUCUGCAUUUGAUGAAGGUAUUAAAGUUGCUUAAAACAAAUGCUUUCAUGCUUAAAUGUGUGUCCAUUCACUGUAAAUAUUCAAAUUGUUUUGCUUGUACCCUCUGUUAGAGUUGAACACUUAAGCUCAGUGUAUUUUGUAGCAUUUUCCUAUGCCAGAUAUCAUCCAUCUAAAGGUUACUGGUGGGAGUUUAAAGAGAGUGAAAGCAAAGGUAAUAAACUCAUUCCAGAUUUUAAGCGUCUCACUGGAGAGAACUAACAGUUUGUCAUCUUUAGUUCCCCAAGAUAAUGUGAAGAAAAGCAAGAAAGAAAAAUCCAAAACUGCUCCAAGUUCGCUGUUUCAACGACAACAUGUCGAUCUUCUCUUGGAAGAACUCAUUAAGAAAUUUCCUCCUCAACGAGUCAAGGUGAAACGUUUAUAAAGCACACAUCAAUGCCUUAAAUUCCUCCAAACUUCAUUCCCAGGGAAAUGAAAAGAACAAAUAGCCAACAUUCUUCAGGGCUCAAUCAUUGAAGAUGUCGUAUAAUACCCCUCGUGUUCGACAUUUCGACUUGUUUUUGCUAUCCUGUAUAUUCUCAUUAUUCUGUAAUCUUUGUUUUUUUAUAUUUAUAGUUUCCUGUCACUUCUACUGAAACAACUAGCGCUGGUAAGUAGCGAAACGUUUUAGUUAAAGUUAAAUUUAAAACUUGAAAUAUUCUCAUAUUACCCAUUUUAGAGUCCAAAGGACCGAAGGAGACCGUUCAGAAAGUUGAAGCAACGAGCAGUCGAGCGUCACAAGACGCGGAACAAAGUCAGCCUCAGGGGAAACGAACACUGGCCAAUGAAACUGCAGAUAAACCUCCACCGUCUAAGAAACAGAAAUGACGUCAUAAGAUUGGUGAAUGUGGCGCUGACGAUGAUCUGUGAUAGUCGGUCAUGUGACGUCUUGACGUAAGAUGAUACUACAGCAGAGUAUUACUUGCAACUUAUGAACAAGUUAUUGAACUGAAAGACGUUACCGUGAUAACGAGCAAGGAACGAACAGUGUGAACCUAUUCUGCUACCUGCGUCUGUGUGGGAACAAGCAGGAAGUGGAGACGUGUAAC